AUGGACGGGGACUUUUGGGAACUGGACGCCUCCACUCCCCGGACCCUUGAAGGAAGCGCUCGUGCAGUCCCGGGAAAGGCUCUACCGCUGGGUGUGUCAAGGGGCACCAGACUUUCCAGGCCCAAGCAGAUCGACUUCAUGCAGCGCUUCAUGGCCGCCCCUUUUGUUCCCUCCUUCUCCAAUCACCUUGGCCUCACUCUUCAGCGAGUUUUCACCGUUCCUUUUAAUGACAAUUGUCUGUUCUCGAUAUUGCAGCUCGAAAACGUUCUUAUCGAUGCAAAAGGGAACAUAAGGAUAUCUGAUUUUGGACUCAGUGCGUUGCCUCAACACAUUAGGGGGGAUGGCUUACUGCAUACUACCUGCGGAAGUCCUAACUAUGUGGCGCCCGAGAUUCUCGCUAAUAAAGGGUAUGAUGGUGCCACCUCAGACAUAUGGUCAUGUGGCGUCAUCUUGUAUGUAAUUCUCACCGGAUAUCUCCCUUUCGAUGAUAGAAAUCUUGCAGUUCUCUAUCAGAAGAUUUUCAAAGGGGAUGCUCAGAUUCCUAAGUGGUUAUCAUCCGGUGCUCGGAACAUGAUAAGAAGGAUUCUUGAUCCAAACCCUGAUACCAGGAUAACAAUUGCAGGUAUUAAAGAUGAUGAAUGGUUCAAGCAAGACUAUACUCCUGCAGUAGCUGAUGAUGAGGAAGAAGAUUUAUACAUUGACGAUGAAGCCUUCUCAAUGGAUGAAGUGGCAUCUGAUGGAACUAGGAGUCCAGAAUCACCCACUAUCAUUAAUGCUUUUCAGUUGAUAGGAAUGUCCUCAUGCCUGGACCUUUCUGGUUUCUUUGAGGAGGAGGAUGUCUCUGAAAGGAAGAUCAGAUUUACAUCCAAUCAUUCGGCAAAAGAUUUGCUCGCAAGGAUCCAAGAUAUUGUGACAGAGAUGGGAUUUCGAGUCCAAAUGAAGAACGGAAGGUUGAAAGCAACACAAGAACACAGAGGCCAGAAAUGUCAUGGCAGUCUUUCAGUUGCAGCCGAGGUGUUUGAGAUAAGCCCAUCCUUGUAUGUAGUUGAAUUAAGAAAAUCGUGUGGUGAUUCUACAGUUUAUAGACAGUUAUGUAAAAAGAUUUCAAAUGACUUGGGCGUUCCUCAAGGCCAAGGGCUGGUGUACACACAAGCUUGAUAGACUAGUUGUUGAUUGGUUAAAGGAUAUCAGCUCUGAGCCUGAGACUGAGAGAGAUGCUAUCAUAGGUUAUAGUUAUAUUUAUGUAAAUGUUUUUUUUUUGUUUAUUUACAGUAGCAUUUUCUUUUUGUUUUAUAGCUUUUUGGGGAAAAAGGGAGACCUAAACUAAAGUAAAUAACUAUAAGCACAUAUGUCCAAAGUGCAGAUAUGUUGUGUUGGCAGUUACAAGCAGAAGCAGCAGUCUAGUCUUUUAAUGUAAUCCAGACAGUGCUGCUGCUUUCUGCAUGUUCAUAGAUAUUGAUAAUUGAAUAUAAAAUCACAUUUCAUCA